AGAAUUAAAGCUUCUGAAACUCUAGAAAUCUGAUUGCAUUUAUUUGUUUUUUUUAUGUUCUUGAAACUGUUAUGGAAUUGUUGAUAGGUUUAAGGGAUCUCGCUGAUUUCCUGCCGGCUUCUCUAGCCACAAUAGUGAGCUAUUUCUCGGCAGAAAUUACUCGGAGUAUUUGGGAACCUGUUGCAAUGAAUGGCAUUGAUUGGCCCAGUCCUGCCACUUACCUUCAGUUGAUUGAAUCUGAGGUUAGGGAAAUCCUUGCUUCUGUUGGAGUCACUCUUCCAAAGUGCGAUUGUGGCAGUACGGUCCCAAUGCUUCCUCUGCCAAUGGCUGCACUUGUCAGCUUGACUAUAACAUUCAAGCUGGAGAAGGGCCUGGAGUACAUCCACGCGGUGGUCGGCCAGGCGCUGGAGAACUGCUCCGCCGGGAGCCCGUGGCCCAGCAUGCCCAUCGUCGGCGCCCUGUGGUCACAGAAGGUCAGGAGAUGGCAUGAUUUCAUCGUCCUCACGGCCACUCGUUCCCCCUUCACCCGCGACAAAGACGCCAUCGCUCAGCUCAUUCGCAGCUGCUUCUCCUCCUUCCUUGGCCGCGGCGCCGCCCACUGCGGCGCCCAUGGGCUCCUCGGCCCCUCCUUCCUGGGCCGCGGCGCCGCCCACUGCGGCGCCAAUGGUCUCCUCGGCCUCUCCAUCUCCAACCAGGGCCGCCGCUCGCCGUUAGCUCCCGGCUUCCUCUACCUCCGCUCAUGCCGCUCGUUUCACGACACGCACUUCGUGAACAACGUCAUCCUGAAGCUCGUCAUUGAGUGGACCAACGAGCUAUCCAGCCCGGAACCGUCUGCUCGUCUGUUGUCGGACAAGUCGUCGCUUUCCGCCACCGCGUCGGCGGUCAGGAAUGUGGCGGCGCUCGGAACGUCUCUGCUAUGCGUGGCGGGCGGGCCUUUGUUAGUGCAAGUCCUGUACGAGGAGACAUUGCCGUCGGCGCUGAUUUCGUGGGAGUUCAGUCUGCAAAGCGGACCUGCGGCGGGGGCGGGCACGGCUCUGGAGGGAUAUGCGAUGGCGUACAUGCUGGUGGUUUCAGGAGCUUUCAUUUGGGGGUUGAGGAAGACAUUUCCGGGCUGCUCUUCCUUCUUCUCGUCGGUGCAUCUGAGGGCUUUUGGUAUGCACAUGGAGUUUCUGGCUGAUGUGUUGGAAGGGAAAGUUUCGGUGGGGUGUGAUCCGGUUACAUGGAGGGCUUAUGUUUCGUGUAUUUUAGGGUUGCUGGUGAAUUUUGUGCCGGCAUGGAUUCCUGAAAUAAGGAAGGGGACGUUGAGGAAGCUGGCUGCGGGAUUGAGGGGGUGGAAUGAGUGGGAGCUUGCUCUUGGUUUGUUGGAGCGAGCAGGACCUGCUUCGGUGGAGUUGGUCAUGGAGUCCAUUCUGCGAUACUGUGGAUGAGGAUUAGGGUUCCCAUUUUUUUUUAAUGUAUCAUGAUGUUUUGUAGUGAUGAUUGUUUCUGGCUUCGUUAGGAAAGUGUAGGGGUUAAUUUGAUUUUUUUUAUAGAAUUAGAUUAAAAUAGAUAAUGUAAAUAAUCAGGAGAUUGUUUUAAUACUUUCUUUUAUCAUGAUUAUAGACCUAGUUUUUUUCUUCAA